GGGGGGGCAGGGAUCCAGUCCUCCGCAGGGGACGGUCCGGGACUCUGCUCUGCGCGGCUCGGUUGCUCCAGGGACUGCCACGGCCGCUCUAGGACCCCCUGCGGCUGCCGGGGCUUUUUCCAGAGGGGAUGCUGAGUCACAGAUCUGUCACGCUUCUCACCUCUCCCCAGCCCUCCGGGGGCUAAAGUAAAAGCGAAAGCGAAUGCGACUCGCGGGGCGGCUAGUCCCGAGAACUGUGCCCGUUGCCUCCUCCCGGACCCUUGGGCAUCUGCAGGUGCCGGCGAGGGCGAGGACGCAGGCGAGACUGAGGCCAUGGCCCGCCACCCGCUCCGGGACUGCUGGGCCAGAGAACUCCCCGUGCUGCUGCUACUGCUGCUCCGGCCGCCGCAGACGCGGGGUACCACAUGCUCUACUCCAACCUCUAUUGAACAUGCAAACAUCCAGGUCAAGAGUUAUAAUGAGAACUCCAGGGAGCGUUAUAUUUGUAACUCCGGUUUCAAGCGAAAAGCUGGUACGUCCAGCCUGACUAAGUGCCUGCGUAACGAGGACACAAACAUUACCCAGUGGACCAUUCCCACUCUCAUAUGCAUCAGAGACCCCUCCCUGACCCGCCAAAGGCCAUCCUCCACAGUAGCGCCAGCAGGGGUGACCCCAGAGCCAGAGAGCCCCUCCCCUUCUGGAAAAGAGCCAGCUUUCAUUUCCAAGCCAGACACCACAGUGGCCACAAAGCCAGCUGUGGUACCGGGCUCCAGGUUGAUGCCAUCCAAAUCUCCUGCAGGAACCACAAGGGUAGUCAGGAAUGAGCCCUCCCAAGCCCCACCUCAGACAACUGCAAAGGCCUUGGAACACACUCCCUCCACCUCCCUCGAGAAGCCAGGUGCACAUUCAUCCAAUUCCACAGCUGUCACUGGUACUGCUAAGGAAUGGCGAUUCCCUGUAUGUUCACAGAGGACAUUUCAUCAUCCACAUCCAACAGUGGCCCCUGGCUGCCUAGGCUACCUUCUAUGCCCCAGACCCAACAUGCAUGUUGAAUGUGGCAGCCAUCUCCACACCUGUCACUGUGUUUUGUGGAGUAUGUGUGGUAUUACUUCUGGCAAACUUCCCAGACACCCAGUGAUCAAAUGGAAAAUAUGGAAGAUAUCCCAAUGACCGGAGGAAACAAUGGCAGAGAGGAGGAUACAGAAAACUACCACACAGUCUAGGAAACUCCAAGGGAAAACCGGGCCAGCAAGGGCUACAGCGAAGGCACCAACUCUGCUCUGGCCAGAGAGGACCUAGAAAAGACUCAAGGAAUUGGGCGCCAGGGAGAAGCCACCAAGAUGUGCCCACCCUCGGCACUGUCUGCACGAGUAGGUUCUCCAGGCUUAGGAUGGAAGCUCGAUGCCUGCCCUGCCUCAGAUAUGGGGCCAAGUUUCCAGAGUCCCAGCCAUUGAAGGCCUCACGUCUUCCUAUCAGGGCUUUUAUUUCAUUAUGAUAUUUACUCAGGAUAACUUAUCAGCUUGACUCUUCCGCCCCUCCUCCGGACUGGCAGUUUACAAAGAAAAGAAAUAUAUCUGAGGCUCUAAGUGAAUUUAGUAGGCUCCUCCUGGCUUGAGAGGUGUCUAUAAGGAUGACAUUAUCAUUUCAGCUCCUAAAACUCUCUCCAAUUAGGUGCUCUGCGUACACCGAAAGGGAGCAAAGAGAUAUUGUGCCCAGUGAAUUCUCUUAAUUUAAGGAUUCAGAAAGAACACUGAAUUCAGUGACAUUUUCCAUAUAUAUACGUGUAUAUUUAUACUUUGUUUAUUAUCCUACUAGUAGCCUUGCACACGAAUCUGUACGCCAAUAGCUCUCUGUGGGCCUGGCCACUCCUCACCUGCUUCCCAGAGGCUCUCCGUGGCCCAGAGGCCCAUCCGCGGCCCAGAGGCCCAUCUGUUUUAUCUGUGUUAUACAGUCUUGGUUCUGUCAUUUGCACACUUGGUGGAGCAGAAAUGGGGAGAAAACACCCCAUUUGUGAAGUGCCCAGAGUGGCUGUGCCUCCAUGAGCCGUGUCUUUCGGAUUUCCCCAAGUGGAGUUCUGCGUGUCUCCUUGGGCCUCCAGCACUGCUAGCUUGCAUACCUCUUUCCGUCCAAUUAAAAUGAGUAAGUCACAGGGAUGACAUGCCCCUGUCAGCACUCACUCAUGUAAAUUGAGUGAAUGCUGACAGGAGCCCAUCCAUGGCUGGGCGCGGAACACUUGCCUUAUCAUCAGGGUGACGACACAAGUGUUUCACGCGCCGGCCUGGCCAGAGGCCCAUCUGCGACUGGGCGUGGAACGCCUGCCUCAUCGCCGCGGCGACAAAGCAAGCAUUCUGGCCUCUCAUGCUGCCCGCUCUCAGCAGCCGCCCCACUGAGACUGGGGGACUCCGGCGGGGCUAAGAGGACUGGGCACUGCCAUCUUGUGACUAU